UGUCACUGGCUCCCUCUUGGCCUUUCAGGUUUCAGUUCAGACGUCACUUCCUCAGAGAAGCCUUUCCGAAUCACCCGAAUGUGAAGUAGUCCCCACCAAGUACCCAGCAUCAUGCUCGAUUACAUCAUCCUGUUGUUUUCUUCAUUAAGCUUGUUCAUUACCUUGUCUGUUUGUUUACAUGUCGUCUUUCCGUCCCUUCCCACUAUGAUGUAAGCGAAAUGAGGGACCUGGUGUCUUGCUCGUUGUCCUAUCUCUGACAUCUGCAGCAGUGCCUGGUCCUUAAUAGGUUGAAUGAAUUAGCCAGUGUUGCCCAUCUACACUGGGAUAAGAGGAGCUUGAGCUCGUUUGUUGGAGAAGGAAGCAGUUGGAGUUAGUAAGGCUGAGGGGUACUUGAACCGACGUCUUGGAGAAGGUAGGAGAAAUAAGAUCACGAAGACAGGGGGAAAUGUGACCCUUUUUCUCUGAGACUGAGGGAAGUGGAUUGAUUGUAUCCUGUGCUGAAGAUGUUUCCAGAACAACAGAAAGAGGAAUUUGUAAGUGUCUGGGUUCGAGAUCCUCGGAUUCAGAAGGAGGACUUUUGGCAUUCUUAUAUUGACUAUGAGAUAUGUAUUCAUACCAAUAGCAUGUGUUUUACAAUGAAAACAUCCUGUGUGCGAAGAAGAUACAGAGAAUUUGUGUGGCUGAGGCAGAGACUCCAAAGUAAUGCGUUGCUGGUGCAACUGCCAGAACUUCCAUCUAAAAACCUGUUUUUCAACAUGAAUAAUCGCCAGCAUGUAGAUCAGCGCCGUCAGGGUUUGGAAGAUUUCCUCAGAAAGGUCUUACAGAACGCGCUUCUGCUCUCGGACAGCUGCCUUCACCUCUUCCUGCAGAGCCAUUUGAAUUCGGAAGACAUUGAGGCCUGCGUCUCCGGGCAGACGAAGUACUCGGUAGAAGACGCAAUUCACAAGUUUGCCUUGAUGAACAGACGUUUCCCUGAAGAAGAUGAAGAAGGGAAAAAAGAAAAUGAUAUAGAUUAUGACUCAGAAAGUUCAUCCUCUGGGCUCGGACACAGUAGUGAUGACAGCAGUUCACACGGAUGUAAAAUGAGCACAGCCCCGCAGGAAUCCUGAAAAAGAAUUCUGAUGUUACCAUCUUCGGAAUAGUGAAUUACGUCCAGUCGUGGAGAAGCAAGCUCACUAAUAAUAGCUUCUUACCUAAUGCUCCCUGUCAUGAUAGUAGGUAUUUAAUUAAAGACGUUGGGUUGUUUAUUAGUGGUAUUUUUAUGUUGUCUUAUUUUGGAUAAGCUCCUGUAAAAAGCUAAAGGCCCGCGAAUGCAACUCUCCUUUGUAGGCAAACAUUAUCGGUAAAACUAGAUCCUGUCCUGAACUGAAAUGCCACAUACAUUUAGAAGCACCGAGUUGGUUUUGCUGAAUUUGAAAA